AUGAGUACAACUACCACUGCCAACACCAAUACCAACACCAACACAAUAUACCUCGUCACCGGCGCCAAUCGAGGUAUAGGAAGGGGCCUAGUCGAUGUGAUCCUCUCACGGCCCAACACAACAGUCAUCGCACUUGUUCGUGAUGUUGAACAUGAAACGACAAGAUCACUCGUGUCCACCACCGCCGACGCCAACGUACCAACACCGAAGACUCUCGACCCAUCUCAUCCUGAUCCCGAUUCCAAUCCAAAUACCAACCACGUCAUCAUCAUCCCUUACGACGCCAGUAUCCCUGGCUCGGCCGAAACGGCCCUCACGACACUCGGGUCCACCCACGGCAUCACUCACGUCGACACGGUGAUCGCCAACGCCGGGAUGCUCACCAAGCGCGGACCGAGCAUCGACACGGCGCCGUCCGACAUCCAAGAGUCAGUGCAAGUCAACGCCAUCGCGCCCCUCGACCUCUUCCGGGCAUGUUUGACUCUGCUGUCCCCGCCACCGUCCAAAUUCGUCGCAGUAUCUUCGGCCAUCGGAUCGACCCAGCUGAUCCCGCAACACUCGCAUUCGUCCACGUUGGCGUACGGAGUGAGUAAAGCCGCCUUGAACCACAUCAUGCGCAAACUGAGCAUCGAGUAUCCGGACAUGGUGGUGGAGGUGGUGACUCCUGGCCCGGUCCUGACGGAUCUGCUAAGAGAGAACAAACCCGAGUUCGACGCCAUGCUGAAAGCGAAUCCACAGUUGUUGGAGAGGUUCGUGCCAAUCGAUAAAGUGUGUAACGGGUUGAUGGCGUUGAUUGAUUCAGCGUCGAGCGAGACGAGCGGCGGCUUCAGAGACUGGUCUGGUGAGGUUAUACCCUUUUAA